AUGGCAUCUUCCACCACCACUCUGGGGACAUCAACGAGCACCCUGGUGGUGUCAACCACCACACCCACCUCGGCCACCUCCACGACCACCUUGGUGACCCCCACAGCGCCCACCACCACCACCACCACCCCUUGGACCACCGCUGCUCCUCCUUCAGGGCUGUGUGAGAACGGGGGGACCCCCGGUGGCAGCGGUUGUCUCUGCAGCCCGUCCUACGCCGGUCCGCGCUGCGAGUUCUCCACCGACACCGUGGAGACCAACCUGCCGUUCCCUGGGACCAUCAUGGCCACCCUGGACGUGGAGGUGACCGUCACCAACUUCAACUACUCCGAGGACCUGAAGGACCCCACCUCCGAGACCUUCCGCUCCUUCCAGAACCACUUCCGGCAGGAGAUCAAGAAGAUCUACGGGACCCUCCCUGGCUACGAGGGCGUGGAGAUCACCAGCCUCAAGCCCGGCAGCGUCGUGGUGGGACACCAGGUGUUCUUCACCAUGGCCCAGAGCAGCAGCACCACGGAGAAGUUCCAGGAGACCACGGGGGAGUUGGUGGACAACCUCCAGGAGGCGGAGGCCAGCCAGGGCAACUGCCAGCACAACACCUCCGUGCUGUGCCUGGUGCUGCGACCCAACCCCGUGGUCAGCGACAUGAGGGAGGUGUUGGACCUGGACGAGCUGUGCCACCAGCGAGCCCCCCCCGGCUACGGUGACUUCUUCUCCCCGGACAUCUCCUCGGGGGUCCUGCACUGCGUCACCUCCUGCACGCCCAACCUGCCCCAGAGCCUGGACUGCCACCACGGCCGCUGCCACGUCACCCGCGAGGGACCUCGCUGCUUUUGCCCGGACGAGGACCUGUACUGGUACACGGGGGCGCAGUGCUCGGGCCGGGUCAGCAAGGUGGCCACCGGGCUGGGCGUGGCGGUGGCCCUGCUCUUCCUCAUCUGCCUCAUCCUCGUCGUGGUCCUGCUCUGCCGCCGGCACCGGCGCUCCCGGAGUGACCUCCCCCCCUAUUCGGGGGGUUCCUGGUACGAAUUCGACGAUUUCACCUGGAGCCCCCCACGGGGGGCCGUGAUCCCAAACCCGGGGGUCGCCCCCCAGCCCCCGUUUGAGGACCCCGAGAGCUGGAGAAGACCCCCGGGACCCCCCCCCGCCGCCCCCCGGUGGGGUCCCCGCGCCUUCCGACCGUCCUUGGAGCGGGUGGAUCCCUUCCUGCAGCUGAGGACCCCGAGGCCGAGGGUCACCCAUGACCUGUGACCCCCCCCCGGCACCUCCUGGAGCGCCACGAGGGGACCCCGACCCCAACGAGGAGACCCCGACCCCAACGAGGGGACCCCGACCCCAAUGAGGAGACCCCGACCCCAGUGAGGGGACAUCGACCCCGAAGAGGAGACCCCAACAUGGACCAGAAGACCCCGACCCCAAUGAGGGGACAUCGACCUGGACCAGGAGACCCCAACCCAAGUGAGGGGACCCCGACCCCAACCAGGGGACUCCAACAUGGACCAGAAGACCCCAACACGGACUAGAAGACCCCAACCCCAACUUGGAGACCCCAGCAUGGACCAGGAGACCCCAACAGGGACCAGGAGAUGCUGACCCCAACCAGGAGACCCCAACCCAAAUGAGGGGACCCUGACCCCAACCAGGAGACCCCGACCCAAAUGAGGGGACCCUGACCCCAACCAGGAGACCCCGACCCAAAUAAGGGGACCCUGACCCCAACGAGGAGACCCCAACACGGACCAGAAGACCCCAGCCCCAACCAGGAGACCCCGACCCAAGUGAGGAGACCCCAACACGGACCAGGAGACCCCAACAUGGACCAGGAGACCCCAGCCCCAACCAGGAGACCCCGACCCCAGUGAGGGGACAUCAACCUGGGCCAGGAGACCCCAACCCAAGUGAGGAGACCCCAACAUGGACCAGGAGACCCCGACCCAAAUCAGGGGACCUCGACCUGGACCAGGAGACCCCCAAACCCCAAGAGAGAAUCGGGACCAGCUCCCAGUAGCUCCCAGUAGCUCCCAGUAGCUCCCAGUAGCUCCCAGUAGCU